AACCGGGAGGUGCGCCUGCGCAGUCUGAGGAAAAGAAAGAUUCCCUCGAGCGCCGUGGCUAGUUUUGCGCGUGCGCUGUUUUGGGAGUCCCGGCGCCGUUGCGUUCCGCGCGUGCGCCCUCCCGCGACUGGGCGGUUGCCAUGGAGUCGGAAGGGGCCUAUGAGCCGGGCUUCGUGGGGAUCCGUUUCUGCCAGGAAUGCAACAACAUGCUGUAUCCCAAGGAAGACAAAGAGAACAGAAUCCUUCUGUAUGCUUGCCGGAACUGUGACUACCAGCAAGAAGCCGACAACAGUUGCAUCUACGUCAACAAGAUCACCCACGAAGUCGACGAAUUGACCCAGAUCAUCGCCGAUGUGUCCCAAGACCCGACUUUGCCCCGGACGGAGGACCACCCCUGUCAGAAGUGUGGCCACAAGGAAGCGGUCUUUUUCCAGUCCCACAGCGCAAGGGCAGAGGACGCCAUGAGGCUCUAUUACGUUUGCACAGCCCCCCACUGCGGCCACCGCUGGACCGAGUGAAGAGCUCGUUGGCAAAGCCCCACCCCUCCUUCACCGGAAACGCUCUUUGUUCCCGUCUGUGCUGCGAGGCCCUGUGAACUGCGGCGGAGACUGUUAAUAAAACUGGUUUGGUAUUUUUUUAAAAAA